AUGACCGCGAUCAAGGGCUGUUGGACAUGCAAGGAUCGCAAGGUCUCGUGUGACCGCGCUGUUCCUAUCUGCAACAAGUGUUCUAAAUCUAAGCGCGCGUGUGGUGGUUAUGGCGUCCGUCUCUCAUGGGUUAAGAAUAACGACCAGAAGUCGCUCCUCAAAUCUACACACCGGGAGAUACGGCACAUGGUAAUCCGACAACGAUGCGAGCAGUGGAUCAACGUGUCGUGUACCGAUGUCCGCCUCCACAUCCUUGCUAAAGGUGUUAAAGACGGAGUGGAGGGGGAGAAUUUCAAGAGGCACCAGCUUGCAUUGCCCAAACCUACCCGGGCCAUGUCUUCGACGUCAACAGAAAUAGCGGCUAGCGAGUGGGAGUUAGUACAAUACUUUGAGAGCGUAAUCGUCGGCAUCCUACCAACGCUAGGCCGCGAUAGAACGACUAUCGGACGCUUGUUGAUGCGAAUGGCCUUGUCCGAGCGUUCAAAAGCCUCAAGAGCCGUGUUACUAUCAUUAGUCGCGUUUGCUUCACGCCAUCGAGGAAAUGAUAUGACGUAUACAGCUCGCGCCAAAAACGCAGCCAUAGAUGCGCUCAUAAGCGCUACCGGCCCUGAGAUGGAAUCUGAUGCUAGUAUCGAACACAUUGCCACCGGUCUGAUUCUAUGCUUGGUAGAAACAGAUCUAGACUGCGACUGGAUAGGUCAUUUAUGUGGCGCGAGAAAUGUCGUUCCUACUGUCGAACAAAAAGCACACCAGAUUGGAAGUGAUGCAGCUGUCAUACUCGACUGGCUUUACUACUUUGUCACCUUCACCCGCUUCAGCUUCCGUCAUUGGCGCACUUACAUGAUCCGAUCAACCUCGCAAGAGCUUGGUUUCAGGGCCGCUAACGACACAUGUUUGAUGCAAUACCGUAUCGCUCGCACCACGUUUGCGGAGAAAAUGUCGCAUAUAUCAACAUACGCUCAUCCCGUACUUCGACUUCUCGCCGACGUUUUCGAAACACGGCUGUAUGCAUCUGAUCCGCAGUAUCAUUCGAUUGAAUAUCAACAGUCUUUAGAUGACCUCAAAUCUCGACUAAGUGACGUUGAUUUCGUCACACAGAAAGACGUGGAAGAUGGCGAUGAUUCUUAUUGCUUGGAGUUCACUCGACUAGCAGGCCUGAUAUACCUUGAGCGCGUAUCUCGAAACUUCUCCGGUCAAUCCACAAGGCUAGACAUGUGGAGGAAAGACGCACUAUCUAUACUCGCCAACUUGAAAGUAUACCCGCCAUCGUUCGCUAUGUUUAUCGUCGGCUGCGAGACUCACACAGACGAAGAUCGAAUAGUCAUGCUUGACUUCUUUACAAGACUGGAACAAGCCCCUCAUCUCAACAGCUUACUGGAAACCAAAGGACUGCUACAGGCUGCUUGGAUUCAGCACGAUCUUGGGUCAGAGGGCGAACUUGAAUACAUUCACAAGAUCAAUUUGGUGAUGAGCUCGCGGAAUGUGAUACCCAGCUUCAUGUAG